AUCGAGAAUGCGGCACUGACUGCGACUGCGCGAAUUUGCAGGAAGCGUUAACAGUCCUUUUACCAGUAGAUAAAUUGUCAACAGUCAAGACUCAAGACUGGGAUCUUAGAUCGUUUUAGAGACAGCGCCGAUACUGUCACUGACAGAAAGAGAGGAGAGGUGGAGAAAGACUUCACAUCCUAGAGAUCCCUGUAGUCUAAGCUCCCAUCACUGGGAGGCCCCACCCUCCACCGUCACCAUGGCUACCAGAGGGAGUGGCCGGCCCAAUGGCACGCUGCCCCAGACCAAGAUAUGCCAGUUUAAACUGGUCCUACUGGGAGACAUGGCAGUGGGAAAGUCCAGCCUAGUUCUGCGCUUCGUCAAGGGACAGUUUGAUGAGUUCCAGGAGACCACCAUCGGAGCUGCGUUCCUGGCCCAGUCUGUGUGUCUAGAUGACACUACCGUGAAGUUUGAGAUCUGGGACACAGCGGGACAGGAGCGCUACCACAGUCUGGCUCCCAUGUACUACCGCGGGGCACAGGCUGCCAUCGUGGUCUUUGACAUCACCAAGCCGGAGACGUUUGAGCGGGCUAAAGCCUGGGUGAAGGAGCUACAGAGGCAGGCUAGCCCCAACAUUGUCAUCGCUCUGGCAGGCAACAAGGCGGACCUGGCUGAGAAGAGACUAGUGGAGUAUGAGGAGGCCCAGACCUAUUCUGAAGACACUGGACUUCUCUUCAUGGAGACCUCUGCCAAGACUGCCAUGAAUGUCAACGAACUUUUCCUGGCCAUUGCCAAAAAGAUGCCCAAAACGGACACCCAGAAUCCUACACACGCAGCGCGACACAGGGGAGUGAACUUACAGGAUCCUGAAGCCCACAACACCCGAUCCUGCUGUGGAGGAGGAGGAGGGAACUAGGACUGCUUCACCGCCAUCCUGCCAUCCCUGUUCCCAACCUCUGGGGUCGGGCAGGGGGACACCCCCUCCACCCUCCCUCCCAUCCACAGACAGACAGACCACUAUUGAGAGAAAUAGAAAGAGGGGAAGAAAGAAAGAGGGAGUUUGAGUUGGACGGUUGUCUUUUAUGAGUAUUUGCCUCACCAACCGACGCCAGAGAGAGAUUUUGGACAAAGACUGACGGACAUGAGGAAGAAAAAGACCGUGAGAGAGUGAAUACUUUGUAUAUUAUUGAGCGCUAAUCGUGGCUGUUUUACAUUUUGUCUGUCUCGUUUAAUUUCAAUCAUGGUUCCAUUUGAUUAUGCAAUCGCUGCAGUGUCAGUUCUUGAGUGGCAGAGAGGGAAGAAAGGAGAGAUGGAGCAAGGGAGACUGAAGGAUGAGGGAAUGAAAGAGUGAAUGGGAUGCAGGUCAUACUCCCUCCCUAUAGUAUUCCCAUUUGUGCACCUCACAGAGGGGCAGAGCUGUAUUAAAUGCCCUCUCAUCACCCUCCUCUGGCAUGAGCCCCAGACAACCUGGACAACCUUAACCCAACUCUGAAGCCUUGGCCUGUGCCAUUCCAGAUACUCCCCAGUCCCUACAGAUAGAGUAACCCAUGUUAGAUGGCACAGGUUACCCACAAUCCCAAAAGACAAGACGGAGGAUAACCACAGUUUAUUGCCUCUUCUAAUGCCCUUAUUUCCUCUGGUGCCCUUUAUUUAUUCGAAUCCCUAGGCUAUAUUAUUAUAAUUAUUACUCCUUAGAGCAGCGGUGUUGUGAAACAUCAUGCUGCUAGUGCCAGUCUGGUAUUAUCCAGGCACCUCCUCCUCAUUUAUCUAUCUUCCACGCACAGAUGUAGAUGUACACUAAAGAACCCAGAGUCCAGUAUUUAUUUGCUGUUGGGACUGAGUCAUGCUCCAGGCCAUGUCUGUCUGGCUAGACCUUCACUGGAAACCUUCACUGGAAACCUUCACUGUUUCUAACAAUCAAUCCACUGUCUAGUGCAUAAUUGGUGAUAUCCACAGUCUCUCCUGGUCAGUUUACAUCGUCAGCAGAAAUGCCUUGCCCCUUGUAGUGAUAACUUAUAGUUGGUAUUGAUCUCAAACCCUAGCCUGAUCCCAGAUCUGUCUCCCUCUGCUCAACAAUGACUAUAGGAGUUUGCAAGACAGCACAAGCAGAUCUGGGACCAGGCUACUCAAACCCCUCUAGACUUGCAGUCCUGUAGGUAGGAAACCAAUGCAUCUGGUAUCUGGCCUGUCAUGUUGUGAAUGCAAGGGCCAUGAUCUACAUGAUAUGUUCUGCUGUUCCUCAUUUGUCUUGUUUCUUACUGCUUAAGAGUUGAUGUCAUUGAAAACAUUGUAAACAAACGCUUUUAACGUGACUAAUGAGCUGAUGCUGUUCAAAGCACUGGAGUGAGACGGCAAGCUUUGGUGACAGAGCUACUCAAUCUGUUGAUGGAUUCUGAAUUGACCCUUAACCCCUAGACAUAUUAAUGUAGAUCUGAACAGAUCAGAAAGGUUAAUGCUUUAUGAUAGUUGCUUAACCUGGCCAAAUAGGUGGAUUAUUUUUGCCAUAUUGCUUCCACCUCUCCAAGAUCUACAGGAGUGUCUGGUGUAGGGAAGGAUCCAUUUGGGAUGUGUCCAAGGCUUAGCUAAGAAGAAUAAGGCUGCUUACGAGGGGUUUAAAAACAAAACAAGAAGUGCCUACUCCCAUUUUCUUCUUUUGUUAUUUGUUUUGGGUUUGCUUUGGCGUGUUUGGCAGAAAUGUACGUUGUUUUUAAUUGAACCUUUAUUUUAUCAGGGGAUCAUACUCAGACCAAGGUCUCUUUUACAGAUGAGCCCAGAGUGACAGAAAAUAUACGCAGCAAAAUGCAAACAGAAAGAAAAACACACUAGCUAGGUUUCCAUCCAAUUGGUGACAGAUUUAUGUGAAUAUGUGCGUAGGCUGGGCUGGUAGAUUAUAUAAUGGGAUUAUUAUGGAUGGGAGCAAGAAUAAUUGUUUUUGUUAAACGGCAGUCAAGCGUCGAUUAUGUCACCAGAAUAAGACCCUCGAUAUGUAUUGGAAAGGAGCAUCAAGAUCACUAUGCGCUUUCACCAACCUGUGAAGUUCAUCAUAUAUUAUUUCAUCUGUAGCCUAAUAAACGGCAUGGUUUCCCAGAGUCAUAGUGGGAGGACAACACACCAUAUCGUCACGACUCCCAAGUUUACUUCCAUAUGAUGGUUAUUAUAUCAAUAUUUGGGAAUAAAGGUGUUUCCACCACCAUUUCUCACAUAAUUGAUUAAGACACAAAAAAGAUCCCACCAUGUCGAACGAACAAAUUCUGUCGGCAUUUUAUAAAAUUGUACCGAAACGACCUGUUUCCAUCACAGCUGUCGUGAUUUUUUCAAUACGGUAUAUCAUAACCCGCAAACAAACGGUCGAUGGUUGAUUGUUCCACAAAUAAGGUGCAAGAAAACUAAAAGCUGAUUCACUUAACACAGUAGAGACCAAAGGAAUUUCCAGAGUUCGCCAUACCAGCUAAAAAUUAAAAGUAAAGCAUCUCCCUGGACCUCAACAGCUUGUAACCAUUAACUCUUUCUGCACAAUGUAAUUCUGCUCUUUGUACAGUUGUAAGGAGCUCUUCUUGUGAAAUGCAGUAUAUUUUGUCAUCUAAUUUGAUUGAAACUGUUGAUUUUACUAACUAGAGUACGUAUAUCAUUACGCUGGAAUUAGUCACGAAGGACACCAAUCUAUGUGAUGAGCUCUACUUCAUUUCAAAGCUAAUUGUUUCAUGGGCUGUCCUCAUGAUUAAGUCACUCAUUCAUGAACUCUUAUUCUAUGAUCACAGGUUAGUGUAAUAAUGAUGAAGUCCACACGAUGUGGGAAAGACUCCCCUCAGCUCCUCUGUAAAGUGUUGUUCAAUAAAGAUGUGCUAUUGCGCCAUGUGUGCAGUGAAUAUGAA